UAGACGGCGCACGCGUGCUCAGCCACGAUGCCCAGGAAGGGACAGAGUUGCGCGACAUGUCACCUCGCAGCGCAGGCGCGCCACGCUCGCCGCGCGACUUGCCUGUUCGCACUGGUCGUUACGGGCCAUCGUCGAGCAACGCGUCGCUUUCCGGGACAGGUUCAAGUGGGACAAAGUAUGCGUCUCGCGCGGAUCCUCGUUCGCAGAGUCCUGUUCUGCAAGUCCAGCGAACCGUGGAUACGCACACUGCGAUGCGCUCUGCCGAUCCUCAGCAUGGGCGCCGCAAACGAGGCUCCGGUUCCUUGGAACUCAACACGGAAGGCGGCGAUGUCAACACCAGCGACGACGAUGCUGACGGCACCUCUUAUUGGGGAUCAAGGCGGCCUUCAAAUCCUUCGACCGACGCUCUCGGGCAGCACGCUGGUUCGCGAUACUUUGCGAGCGAACGCAGAAGCAGUGCUGCCAGCCGGACAGCUGGCAGUAGCUCGGGCCAUGCUCCCAAUCCCAGUGGCACUCCGUAUGCCGUAGGAGGUGCUUCGGCUCCCAGGUCGAAGCACAUCGCCACCUUGGUCCAAAGGCCUGGAUCUUCUUCAUCCCGCCUGUCUGAUGUCAACGACCCGCAUGCGCCUCUGCAGACGGGCCUCGUGCCGGCGCCGCGUCGCAGGACGCCUGGACGUCCAUCGAGUGCUCGUCGUGUCCCUUCGUCGGACAGCGCUAGUCAGCUGCACGUAACAUCUCCUCAUCCACUCAGUCCCACCUCGGUGCCCGAUGUGCCGGAGCACCAGUCAGGCUCACUGCAAGACGUUCUUGGACGAGACAUUUCGACCCUCGAGCCAGUCUCGCAAGUCGCUCGUCAAGCGCCGCAUUCCAGCCCCACUUUUGGUCUGCUCACGCCUCAUGACGCGGCGUCCGAGAAUACCGCCGAGCUCCCAAAUUCCGACCAUUCCCGUUACUCGCCAACGUCCGUCGCGGGCUCUGAGAGUGCUGCAGGCUACGCUCAAGCGUACUGAUCUCGCCAUCGCUUCUGCCUGAGCCAACGUCAUGUCGACAUGUCAGAGUCCCGGCUCGACGUCCUGCCUCAUAUUUCCACAUUGUUGUCCGUGCACCUGUUACUCGACGCUCCGAAUACGCUCGGACUGCGUCAUCGCCUGCUCUGCUCUGUCACCGUUCCGUCUUCGUUAUAUGUAUCGAAUCUAUUGUGCGGUAUCAUCAACUUUCUGCAAUAUCA